AUUAUCCUAUUCAACACUAAUUACCUUCAUUCUCUCUCACCUCAUUCCCCAUUUCGUGCGACACAUUCCAUUCCCCUUUCUUUCAAUUCAAUCUCUCACCAUUCAACCUUCACCUCCAUGAACAAUUCAUUUACCAAAUCGCCAAAGCAAUUAAUGGAGUGAUGGGUCUAAAAUAACGACCUUGGAAUUGAAAAGGGUUCGUUGAGUAGAUGAUUGGUUGUGAAGGACUGUGGAGGGUUCUUAUGAAGAGUUCUGGAGCUACUGAGUUGAAUACCUUUUACCCUAUCAGAGAAGAAUGCCAAGCCGAUGUUCCAACCACUCAUUUUAAACCAAGGGCUGGGAAAACUCUAAGUUCAAGAAGAUGGCAUGCCUCAUUCUCCGAAGAUGGUCACUUGGAUAUCGCAAAAGUGCUGAGACGAAUUCAGCGCGGGGGUGUCCAUCCUUCAAUCAAAGGGGAAGUGUGGGAGUUCUUGCUAGGUUGCUAUGAUCCUAAUAGUACAUUUGAUGAACGGAAUGAGCUCAAGCAGCGUCGGAGGGGGCAGUAUGAUAUGUGGAAAGCUGAAUGUCAAAAGAUUGUCCCAGUCAUUGGUAGUGGAAAAUUUAUUACAACACCCCUCAUCGGUGAUGAUGGCCAGCCAACAACAGAUCCUUCUUUGGUAGCUGUCCAGACUUCAGAUAAGAAAGUUUUGCAGUGGAUGCAGUUAUUACAUCAGAUUGGUCUGGAUGUGGUUCGAACAGACCGAGCACUUGUCUUUUAUGAGACUGAAGCUAAUCAAGCAAAACUUUGGGAUGUUCUAGCAGUUUAUGCUUGGUUGGACAAUGAUAUUGGCUAUGUACAAGGAAUGAAUGAUAUUUGCUCACCGUUGGUUAUUCUUAUUGAGAAUGAAGCAGAUUGCUACUGGUGCUUUGACCGUGCAAUGCGAAGGAUGAGAGAGAACUUCAGGUGCAGUGCGAGUUCAAUGGGGGUGCAAUCUCAGUUGAGUACCCUCUCACAGAUAAUGAAAAUAGUUGACCCCAAGCUUCAUCAUCACCUUGAGGAUUUAGAUGGAGGAGAAUAUCUCUUUGCAUUUCGCAUGUUAAUGGUUCUUUUCCGAAGGGAAUUUUCUUUUGCAGAUACUCUGUACCUUUGGGAGUUGAUGUGGGGCAUGGAAUACAACCCAAACAUUUUCACAAAAUACGAGGAUCCAGAUGGUGCUAAAAAAGGCCCUUUACCUGCAAAUGACAAACUUUUGAAGCAAUAUGGAAAAUUUGAGAGAAAAAAUGUGAAGACUGGGCAUACAGAGGAAAAUAGUGCAUUGGCAGUUUUUCUUGUUGCAAGUGUUCUUGAGAUCAAGAAUAGGCGAAUUUUAAGCGAGGCCAAGGGUGUAGACGAUGUUGUCAAGAUCUUGGGUGACAUAACCUCCAAUCUUGAUGCAAAAAAAGCAUGCACUGAAGCACUGAAAAUUCAGAAAAAAUACCUCAGCAAGGCCAAGAAGCCAUGACAGAUACAACAAUAGAUUUUCUGUAACUAUCUGAUAGCAGCUGUGGUUACAUGAUCUUCUGAGGUUUCAAUUGUUCUCCACAGCCCAUUAUUUUCUUUCUUUUAUUUAUUUUUCACUUUCUUAGUGAUGGCAAGCUGUCCCCUGCUCUGCCCUUUUUGAUCAUUUGAAAUCAAAUUCUAAUCUUAUACUUUGAAAUAUACUUCAAUAUCAAUGUCAUGAAAUCUAGAGAACCAGAAAAUGUCAACUUUAGAUGCAAAAUCUAUUCAUUUGU